CAAUCUUUGUAUUGUUUUCUACUUAGUUAUCAUGUCUGCCUUCAGAUCUAUUCAAAAGUCUUCGACCUUGGCCAAGAAGGCUGCCUUCUCCAGUGUCAGAACCUAUGCCACUGCUGAGCCAACCUUGAAGGCCAGAUUGGCCGAAAUCUUGCCAGAAAAGGCUGAAGAAGUCAAGCAAUUGAAGAAGGAAUAUGGUAAGACCGUUAUCGGUGAAGUCUUGUUGGAGCAAGCUUACGGUGGUAUGCGUGGUAUCAAGGGUUUGGUUUGGGAAGGUUCCGUCUUGGACCCAAUCGAAGGUAUCCGUUUCAGAGGUAGAACCAUCCCAGACAUCCAAAAGGAAUUGCCAAAGGCUCCAGGUGGUGAAGAACCAUUGCCAGAAGCUUUGUUCUGGUUGUUGUUGACCGGUGAAGUUCCAACCGAAGCUCAAACCAGAGCUUUGUCUGAAGAAUUGGCUGCCAGAUCUGCCUUGCCAAAGCACGUUGAAGACUUGAUCGACAGAUCUCCUUCUCACUUGCACCCAAUGGCUCAAUUCUCCAUUGCCGUCACUGCUUUGGAAUCUGAAUCUCAAUUCGCCAAGGCCUACGCCAAGGGUGUCAACAAGUCUGAAUACUGGAAAUACACCUACGAAGACUCCAUUGAAUUGUUGGCCAAGUUGCCAAACAUCGCUGCCAAGAUCUACAGAAACGUCUUCCACGACGGUAAGUUGCCAGCCCAGAUCGACUCCAAGUUGGAUUACGGUGCCAACUUGUCCAACUUGUUGGGUUUCGGUGGUAACCAAGAAUUCGUUGAGUUGAUGAGAUUGUAUUUGACCAUCCACUCUGACCACGAAGGUGGUAACGUUUCUGCCCACACCACCCACUUGGUUGGUUCGGCUUUGUCUUCUCCAUUCUUGUCAUUGGCUGCCGGUUUGAACGGUUUGGCUGGUCCAUUGCACGGAAGAGCCAACCAAGAAGUCUUGGAAUGGUUGUUCAAGUUGAGAGACGAAUUGCACGGUGACUACUCCAAGGAAAACAUUGAAAAGUACUUGUGGGAAACCCUUAACGCCGGUAGAGUCGUUCCAGGUUACGGUCACGCUGUCUUGAGAAAGACCGACCCAAGAUACACUGCCCAGAGAGAAUUUGCUCUCAAGCACAUGCCAGACUACGAAUUGUUCAAGUUGGUCUCUAACAUCUACGAAGUCGCUCCAGGUGUCUUGACCAAGCACGGUAAGACCAAGAACCCAUGGCCAAAUGUGGACUCGCACUCCGGUGUCUUGUUGCAAUACUACGGUUUGACCGAAGAAUCUUUCUACACUGUCUUGUUCGGUGUCUCAAGAGCCUUUGGUGUCUUGCCACAAUUGAUUCUCGACCGUGGUAUCGGUUUGCCAAUUGAAAGACCAAAGUCCUUCUCCACCGAAAAGUACAUUGAGUUAGUCAAGAACAUUAAGAACUAGAUCCAGUUGGCUAUGAGAAGACGAGACAUGGUUUAAGUUAUUUUCUUUUAUUUAUUAUGUUUUAUUUAUUUAUUGCUCCUUGCUGCUAAAUUUAUUUACAGUUGCGUUGCCCAGAUGGGCCAGCUCCAAAAAUGUGAAGCUACGUAGUUAUGUUCUCGAUAUAGUUAUAUGUAUAAAGAAAGAAUACUUGUAC